ACUUCAGCCUCCAUUUUUAUUUUCCCUUACAAACUGCAAAAAUGUCACACUGCAAUAAAUGACUGCAUGGGAAUCUAGCCUAUAUUAGCCAGACAACUCAUACAUGCAGCAUACUCAAAAUGCUGACAAUGCACUAAUCUCCUGUCGGGAGUCUUCAGAGAGCCACAGAGAGAUUGCGGUUGUAAAUGACCCCCCUGAGGGUUGUUGGUUGGUGCAUCUCACUAAUGUACUGAUUCUAAGUGUAUUUUAGUGUAGCAAAGCUAGUGUAGCUGUGGAAUUCUGCCCAUAUUAUUUCUGAUUGUGCCUGGCUGCUCCAGGGGAUUGGCUGUAGUGUUACUUAGGGAGCGAGGUUUCUCAGUUGCCUGGGUUAUCCUUGCCUUAUUACACAAAGGCCAGAGAUAUGUCAUUCAGGCUCCAUGGGGUUCAGGCUCUGAUUCAAUGUCACUGUAAUGGACUGCAGAGUGAAAAAGGGCAUGUGAAUGUGAGCGGGCAUUCACAGAUGGGGGAAAAUUAAAGAACAAGGAAGUUAGAAGCAGCAUACCCCACCCUUUUACCAGUAGUCCCACGUCGCUGCGAUGAUUGGGGCAACAUGGGCUCAGGUGGUAAGAGCAGUCAUCUGGCAGUUGGAGGGUUGCCAGUUUAAUCCCGCCCUGGGUGUGUCAAAGUGUCCCUAAACAACCUCUUACACCUAACCCCCAAAUGCUCCUGAUGAGCUGGUUGGUGCCUUGCACGGCCGGUGGUGUGUGGGUGUGUGUAUGAAUGGGUGAAUAAGAAGCGCUUUUGAUAAAGGUGCUAUAUAAAUGCCAACCAUUUACCAUGACUUAUAUCUCUAGUGCUGCAUGAAAGCCAGUGGGAAAUCAUGAAUUCCACCUUGUAGCAAAUACCAUGGAUCUACUCCUGAGAUGAUCCAGGAGGAUGGACAGCAUUUGUGGAGGCUGAAGAACUUUAAGAAGCCCGUUUACUGCAACGUGUGCCACGGCAUGCUCCUGGGCCUGCGCAAACAGGGCCUGCGCUGCACGUGCUGCAAAUACACUGUCCAUGGACACUGCGCCAACAAGAAUACCGAUCCUUGCAGUCGCACCUUUGUCAAGUCCAAAAAUGAAACAGGGGUAGCUUUUCAUGAUUGGGUCAGUGGAGCCUGCACCAACAGCAAGUGUGCCAAGUGCCAGAAGAAAGUCAAGAGCUACACGAGUCUGACAGGCAAACACUGUGUAUGGUGCCAUGCCAAGGUUCACGACAAGUGUGUCCCCCUGUUGCCCUCAGAGUGUGACUGCGGGCCCCUCCAGGACCAUAUCUUGCCCCCCUGGGCCAUCUACCCUAUCAAGGAGGACCCUAUGGCCAUGAAGGCUCGCUGUCCCGGUGUUUCAGAGCGCAAGAACUUGCAGAACUACACUGCUGAUGGCCAGCUCCUACAGAUCAGCCCAGUUCCAGGCACACACCCCCUCCUGGUGUUCGUUAACCCCAAGAGUGGGGGCAAACAGGGCAAGAGGGUUCUCCGUAAAUUGCAGUACCUGCUGAACCGACGACAGGUGUACAAUCUCUCCAAUGGUGGGCCUGGACCUGGACUGCAAUUCUUCAGGAACCUGAAAGACUACAGGAUCUUGGCGUGUGGAGGGGAUGGCACAGUCGGUUGGAUUCUGGAUGCCAUAGACAAGGCACAGCUGCCAGUGUCCCCCCCGGUGGCCGUGCUGCCCCUGGGCACGGGGAAUGACCUGGCCCGGUCCCUGGGGUGGGGUGGAGGCUAUGACGGAACAAAGCUGUCUGUGAUCCUAAAGGAGAUUGAGAGCAGCUCACAGGAGCUGAUGGAUCGCUGGAGUGUGCAGGUGAUCCCGGAGGACAAGCAGGUGGUCGGGGAUCCUGUUCCCUAUGACAUCAUUAACAACUACUUAUCCAUUGGAGUGGAUGCCUCGAUUGCCCAUAAAUUUCACACCAUGAGAGAAAAGCACCCACAGAAGUUUAACAGCAGAAUGAAGAACAAGCUGUGGUACUUGGAGCUGGCCACCUCUGAGACCCUCUCCGCCUCCUGCAAGAAGCUGAAGGAGAGCAUCACCAUUGAGUGCUGUGGGAACCAGCUGGACCUGAGUGACUUCCAUCUGGAGAGCAUCGCCGUGCUCAACAUCCACAACAUUUAUGGCGGCUCCAAGCUGUGGGGCGAGCACAAGAGGUCCAACAGCAAGGGCACCACAGGACACCAGCCAGAGCUCGUCACCGACCCCCGGGUUCUGAAACAGAGCUCCCAGGACCUGAGUGACGGACGGUUGGAGGUGGUGGGGUUGGAGGGGGCGAUAGAGAUGGGGCAGAUCUACACCGGACUGAAGAGUGCUGGGCAGAGAUUGGCCAAAACCUCAGAGAUCACAAUCAGGACGAAUAAAGCAUUACCCAUGCAGAUCGAUGGGGAGCCCUGGAUGCAGCCUCCCUGCACGAUCCAUAUCAGACACAAGAACCAAGCUAUUAUGCUCAGGGCCCCCAAAUCAAGAUCAUAGCCUCUACAGCCACGCCAGAGAACCAAGGACUGUAGAAGACUGAAGUUCGUCAAUCAGAGAGAAGCUGUCCAACAAGUCUUUUUCAAUGUAGGGGUGGGAAUAUUCUGGGAGGCAUCAGGGUGUGCUUUGCACACAAAGCAGGAUUACAGUUAGCUGAAUAACUAAAAACCAGGAACGGCUGUUUUUACUUCAGUCUGGGUUCUGGUUGUGAGUUUUACUCAGUAAACUCAAUAAUCCUGCUUUGUGGAACAAGGCCCAGGAGUCCUGAUGAAACAAGUGUUAAGUUGUGGUUGAAGAGAAUCUCAUAUUUGCUUUGUAGUUGUGGGACAUACUUUAUAUGUAAAGCCACUCUGAAGGUACCUGGUAAUACUCAGCGUUGGAAAUGUGUGUGCUAGCCGAUUUUGGUCUGAUUGUGUGAAUAAAUGUUAGGGCUAAUGAAAAGCACAGCACCAGCAUUUGCUUGCAUUAUGAAGCUGAAGCUGAGUGCAGACUUUGAUUUGUGCUUCUGCGUGACUCAGAUAUUUUAUGAUCUCAACAUACUUUGCAAAUAUAGUUGUCCAUACACUUUUUCAAAGCAUCACUAAUAUAGUCAUUUAUGUGCUGAGUAUUCAGGUUUUUUAACCCUUGAAAGGACUGUGGUUACUUGAGUUUGCACACAAGAGCAACAUAUGCUUUAAAGUCAUGUUAACCUAUAUUUUUUAAACGGUAUAUUCCCCUGAGAGAGUUUUUCUAAAUAAACUAUGGUGAAUCCUU